AUGCUUGUAUGGUAUAUUGCUCAAAGAAUUCCUCGUGGGAUCGCUUUACUAUUAAACUUCAUUACUAUCUUCCUGACAAUCUUCUUAUUGAUAGGUUGUUAUAAUAGUUCCCAGGACUCUACUUUCCUUGUUCGCUAUCAAAUAAACUCCAAAUCUUCCUUCUAUGAGACAAUCCAAUCAAGUUUCAAACAGUCUUCUACCACUACUGGUUUGGAGAAAGUUAAAAUUAGAGCUGGUUUUAUGGGAAUCUGUAUAGAUAAGAUCCCAACUACUUAUAAUUUACAAGGUACCCAAGACACUCAUAUAUGUUACCCUCGUAAAAAUCUAACGACUACAAGUCUUUACCAAGACCUAUCUAUUGACUUGUUUACUACCAAUAAUAAAAAUAAUACUUCAGCCUCUCUCAAUGUAUUACAGUUAGGUGAACUUACAUCGGUCAACGUCAUCCAUCCAUAUUUAUUAAUGGCUACCAUAGUACUUACAAUAAUUAUGUUUCUAUCACUCAUAUAUGUCAUUAUUCCCGGCUUACCAGGUGGUAACUACAUGUCGCUAUUGUUAUUGAUUUUAAGUCCAACCUUAGUUUUAAUCUCUGGGAUGAGUGCAGUCUGGACUCAUAUCGGUAUUCAUGCAGCUCAUAAGUUGGUCCCAGCAGCAAGUAUGGGAAUGGUCAGUGUCUAUACCGGUCGCAAAGCGGCUUCGAUGAUGUGGUUUGGGUUUGCAUUCUUGUUAGUUAUUUGUCUCAUUCUCUAUGGUUUGAAACUAAAAGAAUUACGUAAUGGAGAAGAUAAUACCUUAGUACCAGACAACACCUCCGCCAAUAAGGCCUCACAACCACCAUACCACAACUACUAUUCCUCUGAUUCCUCGUCGUACGGCACCAAGGCCUAA